AUGAAGCCUCACCUUGCCAGAGUUGCUGCAAACCUCUCCAAGAAGUACAACUCUGACAUCGUCUCCCUGUACCUCGGGCCCGACCUUUUCAUUUUCUUGCAUUCGUACGAAGCGGUGAAGGAGGCGUUUCAAAAUGAGAGCCUGUCGGACAGACCGGAGAGCUUCUUCUACAGCAAGUAUUUGUCCAAAGGAAGAGGGCUUAUUUCCAGCAAUGGCAAGCUGUCGAGAAAACAACGCCACUUCACGCUCUCGGCGCUGCGAGAUUUUGCGGGCAAAAUGGCCGCCGAGAAAAACAUCCUGAGCGAGGUAGAGCAACUUUCAAGCGAAAUCGACAAGCGAGACAAGACAAGUUUUGACAUGACGCCCCUGUUUAACAUGGCGGCUUCGAAUAUCAUCUGUAUCACGACCUUUGGCAGACAGUACAGUUACGAUGACGCGGAGUUUUUGUCCUAUACGGAGAUUAUCAAUGAGUACUUUAGGCUGGCGAAGUUUGGCUCUCUUGCUAACCUUUCACCCAUACUGCGGUAUCUCCCCGGCGAUAUUACAAGCUUGAAUCGGAUCGAUGAGAUAUUCUCUCAGCUCUUUUGUAUGACGGAUAAGCAAAUAGCUGAACACAGAGAGAAUUUCGACCCUGACAACGUCAAAGACUACAUCGAUGCUUGUCUUCUCGAACAGCAGCAUGGGAGAGGAGGCGACACAGAAAACACGUUGACAGACGAACAGUUAAAAUGGAAUGUGGUCGAGUUGUUCUUCGCCGGUGCCGACACCACAUCGACAACCCUACAGUGGGCGAUACUAUACCUGAUGAUAAACCCAGAAGAGCAGGCGAAGGUCCAAGCAGAACUGGACGAGGUUUUGGGUCAGGAUGGGAUGGUUACGCUCAUGGAUAGGCGGCGACUGUCCUACACUGAUGCCGCACUUCUGGAGGUGAUGAGGCUCGGCAUGGGCUCCGUCGCCGGUCCACAUAGCAACAACCACCACGACAUCCAAUUCCGUGGGUUCACCAUCCCCAAGGGGGCAUACGUCCACCCGAACAUCUGGUUCCUACAACGCGACCCGAAGGUCUGGGAAUCACCCGAACAGUUCAAUCCUAGAAACUUCCUCAACGAGAGCGGGAAGGUUGUUACCCGACAGGAGUUCAUUCCAUUCGGUAUCGGCCGCCGUCAAUGCCCCGGAGAGAGUUUGGCGAGGAUGGAGACUUUCCUUAUCUUUGCGACACUGCUGCACAAGUUCACCUUUUCACUCCCGCCUGGAGAAGCUGAGCCGAGCUUGGAGCCAGUUGUUGGGCUCACUAUGAGUCCGGCUCCUUAUAGGACACUGAUAUCUAAGAGACGUUAG